UUGAAUUUUUCAAGUGAGCUAUCCACUGGCAUAACAGAUGACUAGAAUGGAAACUCCAGCCAGAUGAUAAUAAAGAGUCAUUCCUGAUGGUGCUAAUAUUUUUUCACUCCUUUGUCAACUAGUGAUACAUGCCGGAUUUCUAAAGAUAUAUCAGAUGAAGAAAAAGCAACAAUUGGUAGAAGAAAAACUGAAGUGUACAAUUGUCUUCAGAAGUUUGGGAUAAAUUGCACUAUGGUUGAGCAUUCCUUAUCUGAAACUCUUGGGAACAGAAGUCUUCCAUGCUUUGGGGUUUUUUUAAAAUGAGCAAUGUCCCCAAUAUUGCUAUAUUAGGUUCAGGUGGAGGUCUGAGAGCCAUGAUUGCACUUCAGGGUGUUCUGGCAGAACUCCAGAAGCAAGGCUUAUUGGAUGCUAUCAUGUAUCUCUGUGGAGUAUCUGGCUCUACCUGGUGUAUGUCAUAUAUCUAUGAGCAUGAGGAGUGGGUGACACAGUUUCCCAAUUUGGAAAUGAUGUUGUAUGAACAACUUACAAACUCAUCCUGGAGUGCCAAGAAAGCUUUUGAUGCUCUGGUAGAACCAAGUAAAGAUGAUACAUACUCCUUGACUGAUUUUUGGGGUAAUGUUAUUGUGAAUGCAUUGGUACACGAGCUGGAUGAGCAUUAUUUUUCUGAAGAAAGGAGUGUUUCGUCUAAUGGGAAAGUGCCUUACCCCAUCUAUGCAGCAAUAGAUUCAAACAAAUUAGCUAAUAAUUCUAAAACUUGUCCAGAUCUAUGGUUUGAAUUUACUCCUGAUGAAGCGGGAUACAUUCAUCCUGGAGCAUUUGUGGAUAUGAGGUUGUUUGGAAGUGUAUUUGAGAAUGGCAAGCUGAAGGAAAUUAAGGCGGAAAAAAACGUUUCCUAUUUGAGAGGUUUGUGGGGAAGUGGCAUUGCAAAUCUCAAAGAUAUAGAAGAUUAUAUUAAACAUCUGAUUUUUGAAAUUAAAAAUUUGGAAUUAGAGGGAGAAGAAGCGGAAGAAAUGGAAAAGGAUGUAGAAGUAGAAGAAUCACAAGGUUCUGGAUGUGACUGUCAUUCAGUUUCAAAUGUAAUUAAUCACCUGGCGCAUGCCAUAGAAGAGAACUCCCAUGAAGACUAUGAUGAACACAUUAGAAAGUUGAUUAAGCUUCUAGAAGGCAAGUAUAUGCUGAGCAAAGUAGAAGAUGAGCCUAUAAGAUUUUCUGUCUCUGAGAGAUUUCAACGCAUCAUCUAUAAAGAAACAAAAAGAAGCUUUUGGGAUACACUGAGAAUUCUGAAAAAAACCCUGUCUUGUAUCAUCAAAUGGAAAUGGGGGACCAUCUACAACUAUCUCUAUAAAUGCACUGAACUUAAUGACAAGGAUCUGGAAAGUCAGGAAGACAUCCAGCUGGUUGAUGCUGGUCUUGCUAUGAAUUCUGCUUACCCACUUGUCUUGCGUCCAGAGAGAGGGGUGAAACUCAUUCUCUCAUUUGACUUCAGUGCGGGAGAUCCUUUUGAGACUGUCAAGGAUGCAGCCUUGUAUUGUAAGGAAAGUCAACUUCCCUUCCCUGAUAUUGAUGUUUCGGAGCUGGAAAAGGAUAAAGACAACCCUUCUGAUUGCUACAUCUUCCAAAGCAACAAUGCCCCAGUUGUCAUGCACUUCCCACUCUUCAAUAUACGGAACUGCAGAGAUAAAGUUGAAGAUUGGAGAGAAAAAUAUCCCAGCAUUAAAAUUUCUUAUACAGAAUGGGAUAUCAAAGAUCUACUGGAAGCAGCAAAAACAAAUGUGAAGAACAACACUGAAAAAAUCUUGCAGGCGAUGAAAAAUCUCAAUACUGUUUGAUCUCAUAGUUAGGUCAUGUGAUUCUGGCUAACAUUUUCUCAAGCCUUUUGUAAGCUCUGCUCAGUUUUAUUUGCCAUGCGAUCCCUUUUUCUACUUGUGGGAUGGAUGAAAACUUAAUUACAUCUAGCAGGUCCAUAUUUUUUUUAAUCAUUUGAGACUUUUAAUCAUGAGCCUUUUGAUUUUAUUACAAUUGUUCUGAGUAUGACUAAAACUAAAACCUCUUGACUUCAAA